AUGUUAGUUGCCAUUAAUGAAGAUGAUUCAUUACCAAGCCUUAGUCGUUCGUCUUUCCAACGAAUAUUAAAAGAUCUGCAAUUUGAAUAUGUAAAAAAAAAUCGGAACAGUGCUCUCCUCGAAAGAGAAGAUCUAAUAACUUGGCGCCGAGGUUAUUUAGAUAAAAUAAGGCAUUACAGAUCACAGAAUAGGCCAAUAUAUUACUUGGACGAGACGGGGUCAACGCAGGCAAGACGCAUAACAGGGCAUGGCUCGAUACCACGGUCAAGUCAUCACGAGAUGCAUUCAUCAAUGGCCUCACCGCAGGACAAAAGCAACCCUCCGGGAAAGGAUAACGCCGUUAUUGUAAUGGACAACGCCUCAUACCAUUCCGUGAAGAAGCACAAAAUACCGGUCAUGUCUUGGAAAAAACAAGACAUUAUAGAUUGGCUUGAAAGCAAAGGUGAGGUCAUUAAACAUUCCAUUGUAAAAGUAGAUUUAAUGAAAAAAGUCCGAAAAAUAAAAAAACAGUACGACCAAUACCUAAAUCCCAUCGAGCUCGAGUGGUCGUCGGUAAAAAGUUAUGUUCGGACUCAUAACAACACCUUCAAAUUAAAGGACGUACAGGAGUUGUUGAAAAAAGGCGUGGACCACGUCACUCCGGAAAUGUGGACCAAUUUUGUUGGACAUGUGAUAAAGGAAGAAGAAAAGUUUUGGAACAUCGAGCAUACAACUGACGAAUUAAUAGACAAUCUACCAGAAGAAGGAGCACGUCAUGUUCUAUUGAUAGGAACUGGUGAUACGUCAAGUUCUUCAGAUUAUGACUCUGAUUGA